AUGGAGAAGCGUACAGUGAGUCCCCCAGCGGGGUACGACGUGAAAGCUGUUGGAGAGGUUGUGGUCAAAUGCAUUCCACCGCCUGCAGCUGAGACACCUGCGGCCUCUACAAAGCCCCCAACUCCUCUCAGGCUCAAUGUGGGAUUGGAUCGGGACGAACACCAUGAGAAAGCGUCUGCUGGACAGACACCUCCGCUUGACAGCAUUACCAUCAGUGAAGACAACGGGAAUACGAAUACUGAGGUAACGGAGCCAUCUCAGAAGCCUGAGGCCACUGCCGACCUCCCCGCUCCAACUUCCAGCGAGGCAGAGAGCAAAGAAACAGAAAACUCCGUCACAGUGAAUGACGCCGAUCACACUGCCCCCACAGCCACACCUCAAGCAGGGACCACCGCCGAAGAGGCUCUCAACACUGAUGCCGGCACGCCCACCUCUGCGGGAGAGGACGCUGCAGCCAACGCGUCACCUGCGCCCAACGGCAUCCCGCCGAGUGACGUGAACCCUCCUGACCCCAGCACCGACGCCAGCAGCAGCACUGCGUGGGUGCGUGCCCCACUGUUGUUGUUGCUUGCCGGCGUGGCCGUGUGGUAA